AUGGUCCAAAAUGCCCUCUUACCCAAGCCCAUCCCCGCCGAUGCCGUCACCGUCGGCCAGCUGCUCACGGACCCCGUCCAUCCAGAGCGUGACUCUUUCUACCCUGACAAGGCCCACUCGGCAGUCGAUGACUUGAACGACUUCCACAUCCAGCUCCGCUACAAGGACCUCUACUCAGUCGACACCGAGGGCCGUUUUAUGACAAACUAUGGCGCCAAAUUCGAUCUCGGCCGGAUAUACAGACAGCCCAACCUGCUCACUGUCAAGGCCGAGCAGAUGGUCCAAUGCACCACCCAGAGCCCUACAAGGGCCUUUGAGGCCGUGUGCAGCGAUGCCGAUGCCCGCGCCUGGAUGGCUGAACAAAUCCAAGCAGGAAAGCCGCUGUACAUUGUUCUUGGAUUGACCGAACUCAAGAAUGCCAGCUUCAAGCGAGCUAAGCUCCGUGACGCCGGCGCCUCCAACCGCCUCAAUGAGUUGCCUCUUGAAAAAGACGCCAAGGUCCCCCCUUCUCUGCGGGGAAGAUCUGGCGCUAGCUUGGGGGCAAUUGGCACCGAGCCCUUGAUAUCAGGCGUCUUCGGCAUGGACGUGAGGCGUAUUGUCGCCAGACUCACCACCCCCGCAGAGCCACAUCGCUUGGAGGAUAUUGGUUACCGAUGGUCCUACUACGAUGUCCCGGGCUCCGCCAACAAGGAGCAAUUGGCAGUUGGUCUAGGUCAGUCGCUCAAGGCUAAUGAACUGCGCCUCAUGCUCGACCUCAGCAAAGAGGACGUCCAGGAUAAUCUCGAUGCCAUAAGCAAGCUCAGUCUCGAUGCACUAAGCGCUACGGCUAGUCCUAUGCUCAAGCCUAGCACUCCCAUGCUACGCGGACGAUCGCCUUCCCCGCACCCCGCUAUGCUCCGCUCAUAG